CUUCGAAUCUCGAUUCCCUCUUUCUCUCUCUCACAUAACCACACAACUAAAAGAAAUGGCUCUCACCGUGAGCAGCGGUGGCGGAGGAGCUAGAAUCCACUGCAAAGACCUCAUCGAUUCUUCUCGUAAUCCCUUCUCAACCUUCCGACUCGUAAACUUCCCUUCCCCGUCAAGAACCCGUCACCACGUUGUCUCUGCCGCAAAAAAACCUUCCACACAGACCGGUCGGUUCGACAGCAAGAAGCGUCGGACCCUCGUCCCCACGACGACGACCAAGGACCAGCCGGAAGAGAACAACGGCGUUUUCGACGGCGAGAACCCGCCGUCUCAGAUCGAAAUCAACGUCGACGACGACGGUACAGAUAGGACGGUUGUGAAUACUCGAUUCAGAGGUGAUCCAAAAGACGCGCCGAAAUUUGCUAUUAAGGAUCUUCCUGGGCUUGAAAAAGAUCCUUGGGAAGGUGAGCAGUGGGAUGGUUUAGGGUUCUUCGUUCAGUACUUAUGGGCUUUCGGAAUCCUUUUCGCGCUAAUCUCCGGUGGACUUGCGGCGGGGACGUAUAAUGAAGGUGCUACGGAUUUCAAAGAGACGCCGGUGUAUAAAGAGGCGAUCCAAUCUCGUGACCUUCUUGAUGAAGCAGAGAGUUCCAACUCUGAAGAUGUGUUCGAGUCCAACCCAACAGAAGUGGCGCCUAGUUUGGAAUAGUAUCAGCUCAGUGUUUAGAGAAAGAAUUAUAAAGACUGAACCUUUUUGCUUUUGGGGUGUUUUAAAAAGCCAUAUUCCAAGUGUAUCUUGAGCUUGUGACUUGUGUUCAUAAUGUUACAGAUUUAAAGUUUAAAGGAAGAGUAUUGUUCUUCA